AUGAAGAAGAGAUUGGCUCUCUUGGUGGGGUGCAACUACCCCAACACCCAACACGAGCUGCAUGGGUGCUAUAACGACGUGGAAACCAUGCAGACUCUGCUCACUAACCGCUUCGGCUUCGUGAAGGAAGACAUCAAGAUCAUGAUUGACAAACAAAAUGAGCCGGAGAAGCCAACGGGGGACAACAUCAGGACGGCGCUUGUAGAUAUGAUCCAUGGAGCUAACAAGGGAGACACCUUCUUCUUCUUCUUCAGUGGGUUAGGGGCGCUGUUUGAAAGCCUUGAGAACGAUAACAGUCCAGCGAUCGUCUCUUGCGAAUUCGAUGCCAUCAGGGACAACGGAAUCCUGCUCAGCAGCUGCAGCAAGAUCCAGAAAUCGGUUGAAGUGGAUCCUAACAACAAUAAGUCCAAGGCGUAUGGUGCUUUUACCAAUGCUGUCGAGACGACGUUGAAGAAGCACCCAGGGCAGAUUACCAAUAGGAAGUUGGUCCAACUUGCGGAGGAUUUCUUAAACUUGAAAGGGAUCGGGCAACACCCGUGUCUCUUCUCCAGUGACAAGAAUGCUGAUGCACUUUUCCUGGGACAAAAGAUAGGGAAGAGCGUGUAA